GAUCAACGCCCACUCUGUCGGUCGACUGCCGAAACAUAAACUGUCAUUUAUCCAGCCUCCAAGCUUGUCAAUUUUAUAAAAUCGUGCGCCAAUAUCCAAAAAUUCACAGGUUUUUCUUUUGCGGUGCAAUUUUCUUGCAUUAGACUCAAAUAUUUGUGCAGAUCUGUGUUCAGAAUUGCAUAUAGAAUGGGGCUAUCAUCGCUUAAAUCGCACCAGUGAUGCGUAGGCUUGGAGAAUAGCCUAAAUACAUGACACUCGAGUUAUUUUUUCUAGAUUUCGAUGACUUUCAUGACUUCGUCAGAUCCUGUUACUCAGAAAUCAUCGCAUCACAAAGCAACAAUUCGUUAUGUCGCAUCGUUUCGGAGAUAUAUUUAUUUUUUGUCAUGAUCUACCUGUAUUUCCUCUUAAAUGGUGUAUUAUAUACUCCAAUUACUCCAAGCACCUUUCGUAAGCACUCAGCUACCUCAGAAGAAUUGGGUUCAUAUCCAGAUAUAUAUAACGGAAAGAAAAAGAUGAAGAACUUGUAUAUGAAACUGCGGUCAAUACGCAAGCCUUUGCAGGAAAUUAAAAUUAUGAGCGAAAAAUGCCUUAGUAACGUAUUCUUUAAUGUCCGGAGAAUAUUAACUUUAUAUGACGUUUUUCUAAUUCGUCCGGUGUAUAUUCAAAUAAAUAGUCAAAAUUAUUGUUUGUAGGUAAGGAUUUAUUUUUGUUACAUCACGUUUGUGACGUAACCUACGACUAAACCGGGAUUAACCACGACAUUGUGGAUAUAACCAAAAAGAAAAAAAUCCAAAGAAGUUUUUAAUAAUUUCCCUAGUAUAAUUGCCUUUCUAUAGGUGGCUGAAUAACGAAUUGGAUACAUACUUUUGUAUACGUACGUUGUUACAUGCAUAACGUGGUACACAACACGUAUACAUUUUCCAGAAGCCACGUGAAUAACAGGUGUGACAACUGUCAAAAUGAACUAUAUAACUUGUUCAAAUAUCGAUCUCUUUUUCAAAUUCUAAAUCCACUCAAGCAAAAGUGAUUGUAAAGUUUUUCCUUCGUAAAAAAUCAAAUCGAAUUCCUCCUACUAAAAUAUGUCGAAACUUGACGAAUCCCGCAUUCAAAUAUAUAAAUAUAAAGCGAACGAUUUCAAAUUUGUCGUCAUGAAAACCGAUCAAGGUAAUUCAGCAUUGGAUUUACUGAUCAGUCAGAAAUGGGAAGAGGCACAAAAAAAUGGAGUGUUCAAGUACGUUUUGAAUAUAAGGCAACAAAAAAGGCUGGAUGGGAAUUAUGGCUUUUUAGCACAGUUGAAUCCGGAGAGAGGGGAAAAGAGGCGAAAGCCUGAAGACAUCUCGUCAAUGGCGCAACCCUUUGACCCCAACUUGUUCAACUUUACAAAGAUACCAAAUCGAGAGAUCCUCUUUGAUAUUGGUAAUGGAGAUGGAAAUGACGUGGUAGCUGCAAACAUCAGCCCCAUUGAAAAUUGCCACAGUCUAUUAUUUACAGAACGAUUCAAAUGCCUACCACAAAAGGUCACAGUGUAUAGUCUUAAAAGAGCUGUCGAUCUGUUGCUCCUGAGUAACUCACCAUAUCUGAGAAUGAUGUUCAACAGCUUAUGUGCUCAUGCAUCUGUUAAUCAUUUACAUUGGCAUUUGUGCUAUUUGAAAUAUCACAUGCCUCUUGAAUGUAUAAAGCUUAGUCAUCUUCGAGGUCCAGUGUUUGUGUUACUAGAAUUCCCGGCUAAAGGAUUUUGUUUAAAAUUAUCCUCAUUUCUGAAUCUUAAUACUGAUAAUUUAGUUUCUUGGACAUACUUUAUUGUAAAUUAUCUCCAAACAUCAAAUAUUGCUCACAAUAUUUAUAUAACAAGAGCUAAAACCAAAGCCGAGAGUGAUAUCUACGAUGACAUACGGGUUUACAUUUGGGCAAGAAAAUCCAGUUCUGGUAUCAAAUGCACUUUGGACUUUAUUCCAGCUGUAUGCGAGCUCUUUGGUCACUUAUCAAUCAAAAGUGAACAAGGAUAUGAAGAUUUAACCGAGGAUGCAGUGGCCCAAAUUUUGGAUGAUAUCACUUCACAUUGCUUCUUUGCAGCCAGGGAUGAUAUAUUAGGAAUGAAUUUAGAUGAAAAAGGAUUAACAAUGGAUUACUGUUGAACAGUCAUUCCUCAGAAAAUUCAAAUCAACAAUCACAUUUGUUGUAAUUUAAUAAAGUGAUUUCGAUUAUUGUAUGAUAUUUAAAUCAGGCUACCUUAAUGGUUUUUGGUUUAGAAAUUUUUUUCGCUACCAAGUAAACUAGAAUAACCAUAUAAAAGAAAUAGAAAUUAUAAAAAUACCCAUUGAUAAUAACAUAAAUCAAGUCUUCUCAUGAGUCAUAAUAAAGAAUGAUCAUACAGAGACUAGGUUCGAAUAGAUCAAUUAUAUGUAAAGUUUAGUGGAUAGUCGAGUAUAGUAAGAUGAUACUGAUAAAGAUAAUAAUAGUAAUAGAAAUAUAAAUGGAAAUAGAAAUGAUAAACAUUACCGGUAUUGCAAAAAUAAAUUCUAUUCGUGAGUGGU